AUGGAAUCGGUGAGCUCCGGCGACGGCUAUCCCCAGCUACGGACGACCGUCGGCCAGCGCGGGCUCAGUCGGCACGGCGCCGACGACCCUCGGCUUGGAGCUCGCCCUCGCCCGCGACCCUCCACGGCCAUCCACCCGAGCCCAUCCAUGGAGGGAGAGGCCGUUGACGCCGAGCUGCGGCUCUGCCCACCGCACAGCGGCGGCGCGUCGGCGGUGGCGGCGGAGAGCAAGUACGUCAAGGUGAGCGUGGAAGGAGCCCGGUACCAGCGGACGGUGGACCUGAGGGCGUACGGUGGGCACGGGGAGCUCAGGGCGGCGCUCUUGGGCCUGGCCGGCCAGAUGCUGGACUUGGCCGUGGCCUACGAGGACAAUGCCGGCGACAUCUUGCUCGCCGGCGACCUCCCCUGGGACAUGUUCGUCUCCGACUGCAGGAGUGUCAGGAUUAUGAGACGGUCGACGACGGUGACAAGCAGCUAG